UGUGCGUGGAUUGUAGAGGCGCGACAUAGCUUUGCCGUCUCCAUGACUUAAAAGUUUUGUACGGAAUGAAACCAGAGAGCUAGUUGUGCGCCGACCGGCACUCUCGACGGACGAGUGUUACGUAUUUGCGCCAAACUUCUUCGUAACUCCCGAUAUUAUAAACUUAUAAAUUGAAAUGUUUACUGGUAUGAUAGAUUAAUGAUAUAAUGUUGUGAUAACAUUGUAUUUAAUUCUAAAUAAAGUGACUUCUCGGUUUAAGAGCAGAGUGAUGUUUAUUUUUUUGUGUAACUGCAACGUGUUUGGUUCAACGGACUGAAGAGGGAACGAUAAUGUUAAAUUCCUACUAAAUAACAUAUUCCGUACUAUCUGUGUUUUGUUCGUACAUUGAGUGAUUGUGUAAAGAUGCGGACUAUGAGCGUGACAUCUUUGGUGCGGGUAGCUUUAGUGCUUGUCGGUGUAGAGUGGCAGGUUCAAUCCCAGUCAGUACAAACUGGAAUAGACAGUUCUUAUAAUUUUUACUAUGAACAACCUUGCUGUACUGGACCUGUUAUAAAAAACAAAUACAACGUGAGACACAAGCGAGAUCAUGUACGGGAAUUCUCUUGUGGCACUCUAUACUACAGAACCUUCUUUGUGGAUUCCAAACGCGACGCUCUCUACGUCGGCGCUAUGGAUCGACUCUACAGACUUAACAUGAACAAUAUAAGCGCUUCGCAUUGCGAUAGAGAUUCUAUUAAUUUGGAACCAAGCAACGUAGCUCAAUGUGUCUCUAAAGGGAAAUCAGAACACUUCGACUGCCGCAACCACGUGAGAGUGAUACAACCUAUGGGUGAUGGUAGUCGCCUCUACGUGUGCGGAACCAACGCCCAUAGCCCUAAAGACUGGGUAUUAUAUUCUAACCUGACACACCUGCCACGCUACGAGUACGUGCCGGGCAUCGGCAUGGGUGUUGCAAAAUGUCCUUACGAUCCUGCUGACAACUCAACCGCCUUGUGGGUGGAAAAAGGCAACCCUGGUUCUCUUCCUGCUCUGUACUCCGGAACCAACGCAGAGUUUACUAAAGCGGACACUGUGAUCUUUAGAACCGACUUGCACAACUUGACAACGGGACGACUGGAGUUUUCUUUUAAACGUACUUUGAAAUACGACUCUAAAUGGCUUGACAAGCCUAACUUCGUUGGAUCUUUCGACGUUGGGGAAUAUGUGCUGUUCUUCUUCCGCGAAACAGCUGUGGAAUAUAUUAAUUGUGGAAAAGCAGUGUACUCUAGAGUAGCGAGAAUUUGCAAGAAAGACACUGGCGGCAAAAACAUCUUAAGUCAAAACUGGGCUACUUACUUGAAGGCGCGCCUAAACUGUAGUAUACCCGGGGAAUUCCCAUUCUACUUUAACGAGAUCCAGAGCAUCUACAAAGUUCCUGGGGAUGACAGCCGUUUCUACGGUGUAUUCACAACUGCUUCAACAGGAUUGAUGGGUUCAGCAAUUUGCACAUUCACCAUCGCUGACAUUCAAGCAUUUGAAGGAAAAUUUAAAGAACAAGCAACUUCAAGCUCCGCCUGGCUUCCAGUCAUCAGCAGCCGAGUACCUGAACCCAGACCUGGCAAAUGCGUGAAUGAUACUUCUUCAUUGCCAGAUACAGUGCUCAAUUUUAUAAGGUCACAUCCACUAAUGGACAGCGCGGUAUCUCAUGAACACGAAAAGCCUAUUUACUAUAAAAGAGAUCUUUUCUUCACUCGUCUGGUUGUGGAUCGAGUAAAAGUGGACAUGAUGGGACACCCUCUUGAAUACACCGUAUACUAUGCGGGGACGAAUGAAGGUAAAAUUCAUAAAAUCGUUCAAUGGUCUCGGAACGGGGACAGUCAGUCAGCUUUACUUGACAUCUUCGAUGUGACUCCCGGCGAACCAAUUCAGGCUAUGGCACUUUCGCGUAUACAUGGAUCAUUAUACGCGGCGUCAGAUCGGCGCGUGCUUCAACUACGACUUGCUCUAUGUGCGCGACGUUACGACGCUUGUGUUCGCUGCGCUAGAGAUCCGUACUGCGGUUGGGAUAGAGAAGCGGGAGUAUGCAGGGAAUACAUGCCCGGCUUGAUACAAGAUGUCGCGAACGAAACAGCAGACAUUUGUGAUACUUCGAUCUCAAGGAAAGUGGUAUCAGCGACGUGGGGACAGAGCUUGCAUCUGGGCAGCUUCGUUAAGAUGCCAGAGGUUCUACACCCGCGAGCCAUCUCGUGGUAUCAUUACACAAGAGAUGGAAGACAUGCUGUUAGUUUCAACAAACCGGAGAAAUACAUAGAGACAUCUGAACACGGUCUGCUGAUCAUAUCUGUGAGCGAGACCGACGCUGGCCGGUAUGACUGCUGGCUGGGAGGAUCGCUGCUAUGUUCAUACAACGUCACGGUCGACACACAUCGAUGUUCUCCACCCGAGAAGAGCAAUGAGUACCAGAAGAUAUACUCAAACUGGUGUCACGAAUUUGAAAAAUAUAAGACGGCUAUGAAAACAUGGGAAAGAAAGCAAGAGCAAUGUGCACGUCAAAAUGAAUCCAAUCAGAACACGCAUCCCAACGAGAUCGUGUGAUAGCUUCUGAACGUCGCCUACCUCAUGUUCCAGUCCGUCAACUACUUCAUAGGGGUCAUACCGAUACCGUACGUUCGUAAUGGCCUUCAAUACUUUCAGAUAUUAUAAAAAAAAGUGUAACACGAAGCUCAAUAUAGUGAAUCUAGUGAUCCUUUAACUUUACCAGUGACAGUGACAGCUGUAAUAGUGACAGUGACAGCUUUACCUGUAACAGUGACAGAUGUGACAGUGACAGUCAUAUAUCGUCCAACAAUACAGCGGAAACAUGGGUGGGUGAUGGACCUCUUAAUGUUAAGGAUUUCCUAGCGUUGUGCGUUGCUUUGUUGGAUGUAAAAAUGGUUUUAAACUCUAUGUAAGUACUUACGCUUUGUAAGUAGUUUGUUAGUGAUGAAAAAAUUUUGAUUGUGCAUUUACGCCUUUUAAAUGUAUGUUAAAGCGAUAUUAAUUAUUGUAUUUAUUCAUAUAAUAUCUAGUUCGUGUUAAAUUUAAUUUGUUCAUAAUUAUUUCUCAAUUUAAUUCUAACAUUUUUUCAUAUUGUAAGGUCUGAUAAUAUCAAUCUCAAAACUAGAUAAUGAAUGUAUUUAUAUACCUUAACCCAACCAAAUAAUUGUAUUAUGAAAUAAAUACAUUUUUGAACUAAUGAAGCCCAUGUAUCUUGAUCUGUUGUAAUUAAGUUUGUUAGUAACUAAAUGAUCAAGAUUGGUUACUCGACUAAUGGGUAUCGCAGCUUUCUAAUUCAAAUCUCCGAGGGUUGUGGAAAGGUUAGACUCAUUAUUUUUCCCCUGUUCGUGUAAAUAGUCACCUUAUUCAUUUCUUAUAUAAGUGUAUGUAUGCACGUCCCUAAACAUAAAAAUAUAUAAUUUAAGCCUGUGAUAUAUAAGAAGUUCGUUUAGGGGAUAUUUAAGAGUUCAUUCUUUGCAUGUAUUCGUUUGAUAAUAUGAAAAUCAAGAAGGAAGUGAUCCUUUGGGGAACAGUGGUGCCCCGUGCAAAAUAAUUGUUUUUAUUGAUAACGAUUAUAGUUAAGAUACCUGGAGGAGAUCAUAAAAAAAUUAUAGCAAUCAUAUUUUACGAGGCACUACAGCUUCGAAUUCAGGGCGCAUUUCUCGAAAAAAAAAAACAAAUCCAUAGCCGUAAGAAAUUUUACAACAAUAGUUUUUAGUUCACAGAGGACAAACGUUUUUCAAAUAUGAAGUAGAGUAGUUCAUAGUCAACACAUUCCUUUGCCACUGCCAUUAUGUUUAAGAUACAUUGACGGGUUUUUAAAAUUAUUAUAUUAAAAUCUAAAUCAUAUUGAGAUUAUUAAUAACAUCUGAUAACUAAUGUACUUAAUAAACCAUAAAUAAAAUUUAAUACAUGGUGCAACCUGAGUCGACUAAACAGCAAUAAUAAUGUUUACUAAAACUUCAGCAAAGCUUGCUCAUUCUAGUUUUAUAUGCAUAGACAAACGAAUAAUAAAACUGCUUUCUGUAUUAUCGUUGUCUCUGCGUAUAUUUACUCUAAAUAAUAUAUAUAAAAUAUAAUUUCAUAUAAAACGAAAUAUUAGUGUAUCGUAGCCAGUGUUUAGGAAAUACUCUGCAUAUUUUUGUACAAAAAAAUUUAAUCUAAAUGUUUAGAAUUAGCGAGUAAGUAAAGUUUCCCGUAUUGUUCUCAUUCAUAAAUAUUUUAUAGUAAUUAGUAGGCUCACGUUCUCAUUUACAAUAUCAGAUAUCGGAUUCAAUAGAAAUUUUAAUGUUUAAGAAUCGUAUCGUUGUCGUCGGCCUUAAUUUACACGAAACUGUUAUAAGGUAAUACUCAGGAGAUUUUGUUGUUUUUGAGGACGUAAACCUAUAACAAAAUUUUUAUGAAUUUUUAAAUAUCAGAUCCAUUCAACGAUGAUCUAUAAUAAAAUCAUAUAUUUUUUCCGAUCAUCAAAAUAUGAGGUAAUUACAAAAAUGUUCACUUGCCGAAUAACAACAAAAAUAUAAUAUGAAAUGUAAUAAUGGCAUAAAAGGAGAGUUACAUACAAUUUUAUCCAAUAUUUUAUUGCAAGUGGAUCAUUAUAAGACUUGAUGGAAAGCUCGCAAAGGUGUUAAUGAAUCCACUCGUUUUCAUAUCAUAUUACUAAGUAAGAGCUUGUAUCAUAUUGUACUUACGUCAUACUAUUUAUAUUUAGCAGUCGACGUUUACAAACGAAUUUCAUUAUACAAAAAACAAAUAUAUUUUCUAAUUAUUUAUAAAUGAAAAUAUUCAGCGACUUUCAUUAUAUCGCAAUCGAUUUUACUUUGUGUUAGUAUAACUGGAAUUCAAAAAAUAGCAAAAUGAUAACUGAACCGGCCAUUUUAUACUAAAUAUAAAUAUUUAAUUCAUCUUUAUAUUAGAAGCUCAAUUUAAAUCAAUUCCAUUAUAUUUAUUCAGCUAGGUAGCGGUAACAUAUUGUUAUAUGUGCUUAAUGAUUUCGCUAACGUUAUGCUAUGUGUAACUUCUUUCAUAUCAUGAUGUAAAUACAUGAAUCGAAAUAGAUAUAAAUAGGAUUUAAUAUCUGAGCUUCGUCGUUUAUUAAAUUAUGUGUACCUAAGUACUUAAGUAUCAUAGUUAUUAAAUAAACGGACAUCCCGGCCUGGGGAUGAUCCUACGCAAUAAUUAUAGCUAAAUACUAUUGCCUAUACUAUUGGUAAUUGCUCUGUACAUUUCACAUGUUACUAUACUAUGUAAGUUAAAUUUCAGAAGUAGAAUAAGAUUUUAUAUAAUAAAUCUAUGAAAUGUA